AUGUACAACGGAAUAGGGUUGGAAACAGCUCGUGGUAGCGGAACAAAUGGAUUCGUGCAACGCAAUUUAUCAUUCAUUAAACGUCACAAGGAUCGAGUUGACUACAAAUCCGAGGAAGAAAUUAAAAAACUUGACUGGCAGCUGAAUAAGGAACCCAAUCAGGAAAUAUUGAUCCACGACAGAAAACGAAAGAUCGAGCUAAAAUGUCUUGAAAUGGAGGAACUAAUGGAGGAUCAAGGAUACACGCAAGAUGAAAUCACCAAAAAAGUAUCAGCUUUCCGCAAGAUGUUGAUGCAAAAGGAAGAAUCAACGAACUCAUCAAUUGAACUGGAUGAAAAUGGCCGACCAAUUGCCAAGGCAACUCAUCAAAUAGCAGAAGCCAAUCAAGCUCGCAACAACAGCUUGAAGCUGGCGUUUGGGAUUUCAGAGUUCUUCAAAGAUGGAAGUUCAUUUGAUCCUGAAAGAAAAGCCAAAGAAGAGGCUUCUAGAAAUUUGGCCAUGGCCCAAAUGAAAUAUGGGUUUGUCUUUAUUUUUAUCUUUUGCUGUUUGGAGUUUAGCACAAUUGACAGGACAUACUAA